CACAGACUCGAGGCUUGAUAGAGAUGAGAUAUAGCCCCGGUUCGACUUGUGGCAGGGGUAGAGAUCUAGGGAUUCCAAUCAAAUGGUAGCUAGGUUGUUUGUGAGAAAGUCGCCCUCUAGGUUGAGUGACUAGGCCUGGCGUCUCACAGGGUUUCCUGAAUCAAGGAUCUUGGUAGCGGCAGAAUUUGUCUUCCCCGCCAAAAUUUCUUAGGCCUCGUCCGUCAUCACAUCUCCUCCAUCAGCCCACCUGCACCCGACAAUCGUGAAGAGAGCUCUCAGCCCUUUAGCCUUUGCUAUCCAUAGGAACCAAGGACCCUCAACAUUCCAAAAUGGCACCCACCGCGCCCAAGAAGCGCACCACCAUGCGCGCCAAGCUCGCAAAGGCCCAAACCCCCUCCUCCUCCACAUCCGCCGCCCGCGCACCACCAAAAUCCUCGUCCUCUGGCGCCCUCUUCCCCGACACCAAGCGCGACCGCCGCCUGGUCAAGAAGUCGACCUUUCUAGGUCAGAUCCGGUCCAAGAGCGGCGCCUCGGGCGGCGUGACCAAGCGCCGCCGCCCAUCCAAGAAGCUCGUAGCCGACCUAGACUCGCUAGCCGCCGCGCUGCCGGAGCUCGACGACGACGCCGCCGGGCCCCAGCAGCGGCAGCAGCAGCAGCCCGGCAAGGUGCGCAUCAAGAGCAUCAGGCACCGGCCCGGCGCCCUCAAGCGCAAGGAGAAGCUGGUGCGCGCCGAGACGCAGAACAUCGGCCGCAGUCUCGCCUUUCUGUCCGGCCUGGACGGGAAGGCGGCGGAUGGGGCCGGUGCGGGCGGUGGUGGGGUCGCGGCACCGGCGGCGUCGGCGCCGACUGCGAACCGGUGGGCGGCGCUGAGGGCGCACAUAUCCGGCACCAUGGAGCAGAACCCUGCGUUCCUACCAAAGGAGCAGUGAUGCUUGGAUGGUGUGAUUUCUUGCCGCCGCCGCCGGCUUACUUGCGGCCCCCAGGGGCAGUUGUAACCGGCUUCAUGAUACCCAUAGACUAGACUCCUGCCUAGAUCAAAACAGAGAUGCACAGCCAAGUGUUGGGAUUAUUUAGAAAGGCAUUGCACUUGAUGUCUGAGCCGCUCCCGGGUUUGCACGGUUCGGCUCUAAGGUGGGAUACUCGUGGAGCUCGUUAUGAUGAUCCAUGAGCUUGCUUCGCUCUGUAUCAUUGCGUGCCUUGCUCAAUAAGCUCUGUCCACGGAGGCCUUGUUUAUUAUCACAAAGUUACGGGAGUAUCAGGUGAAGGGCUGGAAAAAAACACCAAAUGUCAAACUGGACGCCCAUCCAAUUUCAACGCCCCUUGGUCUCAAAAGACCGAUAUGGAAGCAUCCACACUGUGAGAACGCCGUGCUUUUUGUUCUUAGGCCGUCUAGAACUGUAGAAAUGGAGAAACGGAGACAGACGCCGAAAAGGGACAGAAAUGGAACGCAGACAGGAAUCAAUAGCUCACGUGUAUAAAGCGCAGAUGUACAUUGACAUCCCCCACA